AUGGCUUCAGACUUGAGAGCUCCAGAGAGACCAUCAGUGAAGGUCACAUAUACCAAGAAGAGGAGACCGAGUGGGAAUGACGCAGCUGCGGAAGAAUCAGAAGCGUCUGCUACCGAGGCAGAAUCGACCAAGGCUCCAGGUGGACUCAACGCUGUAGUAGACAUUCCAGGCAAGAAGUCCGGCAAGCACAUCGGACCACUAAACCUCCCUGGUCCGGAACCGCGUGCGGGUUCGAAGGGGAAACUUAAUGAGAAUGACUCCUCGCCUCGCGCUCCGAGAACACCAGGCAAAAACCCCAAACCACCAUCGACUCUUAGCGCCAAACUUUCACUCGCUUCAAAACACGGGUUCACAGCGCCAGAUGCGGACAUCAAGGCGUUACCUUCUACGCCUGACUUGUCCGACAAGGAGGGCUCCUCUCGAGCGACACGCACAACAGAAGCCGAGCGACGCGCCUACUUGGAGUCCCAACCUGAUGUCGCGGAGCUGGAGCCACAUCGUGUACUGUGCCGAUGUUGUAACAAGUGGCUUAAGUUGAGCACAACGCAGAAGUAUGCACUUGCGCCAUGGAAGCUGCACAAGAAAUCCUGCACUGCUGAAAAACCGAGCAGUAAAGGCUCCCGUCGGAGCAUGGACUUUGAGGGUUCCCUCCUAGCAAGUGGCGCAGAAGACGACGAUGCGUCAUCUAUCGCCCCGUCCAUAUCUGCGUCUGAAAUGACCCGUGCCUCCGCAGCGGGUCACCGCCUUUCGGCAGCGGAACGUCAGCGUAUAUUAGAGGAGGAUGAACUAUCUGGCGAAGUGCGCCCUGACACUAUAUAUUGCUCAGGUUGUGCAAAAUGGGUCAAACUCGCGACUCGUUCGACAUACCAACUCAAGAAUUGGAUAACGCAUGUACAACGUGUACAUGGACAAAGUGGGGAAAACCCAGGAAUGGGCGGUGGAGUGGGUGCACCUAGUAGCCGCGUCCGGGAGGCGGAGAGGAAGUUACAGCUUGUAAACGACGCUCUGGCGCGAGAUUUCACUCCGUCAAGGGUGACUUGUAAAGUGUGCGCCACUGACGUACCGCUUAGCGAUACAGUACCAUAUCAGUUAGACAACUGGCUAGCGCACAAGUCGGUCUGUCCCGCACGCACCUCCGCCGUCGACUCGCCCACCGCGACACGCUCGGCCGAUUUAAAUGGCGAUUCCAGACCAGAUUCUGUGCCUGAAAUUUCGAAUGCUUCUUUGAUUUCAAGUAAGAGCUCCGCGGCGCGCGCACCGCCAUCCAGGGCGUCCACAGACGCAACAUGCGUUGCAGUGGAUAGCGGUUCAGGCAUUGCUUCUGUUUCUUCCUCGCUGGCCGUUGGUCGAAAACGCGGACGUGAGGAGGACGAGAACGAGGAAGGGGGAACAGAUGCCGUUCGUGCACGGACUGCGUCUUAUAUCACCCCAGAUAUAAAGCCGUCUGGGCCAUGGGGUUGGUUGAAGUUGCCGUGGGAGACGUUCAAGAGAGGCUUUGCAGAGGGCCUCGGGAAGCCCGGCACGUCGCCCAAAGAAGGACGGCGAAGUGUCCCAUUAUCACUUGCCCCUCGCCCCGAGUCCAUGACUUUCGCACAUCGUCUCCUAUAUAAACCUCCAGAUGCCUGCGCUCCCCCCUUCUUCUUUCUCUUCCAAGGCCGCGCCUUUCGUGCAGUGCUGAUUCGACGGAUUUGUACUACCCAAAGACCGGAAGCAGAACCUGACCGCGGGAUACGAGCCCAGCGUGUCGACUACUCCAGCAGCUCUGACCCCGACGCGAUUUUCGUAGAGAGCGUUAGCCGGCGGAAGGCCGACAAGGUCCACUUUGAGUGACAAGAGGGAAGCCGUUGGCGAUACGAUGGGUACGAUUACGACCGCACAGACCAACGCGGAGAGUCGCGCAAAAGCGCAUGCAGCGCGUACGGCAUCGCGAGAGCAACGUUUAAGGUCCCACCCGCAUGCCGAAGUAUUAGGACCAGAACUCGUCUCUUGCAAGUUAUGUGGCCAGUUAAUUAAAUUAUCGACGAAAAGCAUGUGGGAUGGAUUCCAUUGGCAGAAACAUAUUGAGCGCUGCGUACGUCGAGCCCCUGCUGCCCGUGAGCAACGCGUCAUUCGGGCUGCGGAGCGUAAAAAACGGUCGAAAAUAGCAAAGGAUGACGAUCAAGAGUCUGAGAAGCGUGCUACACUCACGAUUCGUUUGCGUACAAAGGGACCUGCUGAAUCGUCUCCCAACCCCAGCUCAGCGUCUGACUCCGUGCAAGUUAAAGAAGAAACCCCCGAAAGGGAUAUUGACAUACAUGCACCCUCCUCAUCUCACUCACGCUCUUCGCCUUUACCCGAGACGCCCCCGCCACCCUCUGCGGCCCCACCAAGACCAGAGUCGAACAUCGUAAUGGAGGAUUAUUAUCGUCGAUCACGUCGUCGAGGGACACGAGAGUUGAGUCCGUUUACGCUUGAAGCUGCUAGUGCAUGGACGUGGAGUCAAGUGAAAGAACCUGUAUGGGUUGUUGCUAGCUACCCGGCGUCGGAAUCGCAGGACAGCGAAAACUCGCCUAAUGCAGAAAGGGGCGGAGAAACGAGUCGUGCUACGCUGGAAACCUAUGCUAGUGAUAAGUGGAGCAAAGCGCCGUCCUCAGCUGCCUACACCACGCGCGAAAUCGGGUUUUCAAUCAGGAAAGACGCGUCAUGAACCAAUCGCGCUUUCGAAAAUUUCUUGCUCUCGUCACGGCGUAUUCUCGCUUGAUCGUCUCGCGAUAUGCUAUCAGCUCUUGUCUCGCUAUUCCUCUGCUUUCCGUUUCUCGAAUUCGUUCAAGUCAAUUUCUUUUUGCUCUGUACAUCGGCUUUCAUCACGCUUCAAUUAAGCAUUCCAUUCCAUCUGUACCAUUAUCAAUGUCUAUAUCUUCUAUGUCUCGCAUACGUAACCGAAGUUCGCAAUAUUUCUAUGUUAUGGCGCAUCGACGAUUUACCUUUUCCUUUCUUUCCCGCCAUUUCCAUGGACUUCAUGUUUGUAAUGUUCUUUUUUUCGCCCGC